CCAAGGUGACCCGGGCGCGGGAAGGCGGCUCCAGCUUGCGCGGGCCGGGCCGGGCGGCGGCGGCGGCACCAUGAGCGGCCGGAAGCGCAGCUUCACCUUCGGGGCCUACGGCGGGGUGGACAAGUCCUUCACCCCUCGCCGGAGUGUAUGGAGGAGUGAUGGGCAGAGCCAGCGCUUCCCUCAGGCACUAGACCUGUCACGAGUGAACUUAGUUCCCUCCUAUAGUCCUUCACUCUACCCUAAGAACACAGAUCUAUUUGAGAUGAUUGAAAAGAUGCAGGGAAGCAGGAUGGAUGAACAACGCUGCUCCUUCCCGCCGCCCCUCAAAACAGAGGAGGACUACAUUCCCUACCCGAGCGUGCACGAGGUCUUGGGGCGAGAAGGACCCUUCCCCCUUAUCCUGCUGCCCCAGUUUGGGGGCUACUGGAUUGAGGGCACCAACCACGAAAUCACCAGCAUCCCCGAGACAGAGCCGCUGCAGUCGCCCACGACCAAGAUGAAGCUCGAGUGCAACCCCACGGCCCGCAUCUACCGGAAGCACUUUCUCGGCAAGGAGCAUUUCAAUUACUACUCACUGGACACUGCCCUCGGCCACCUUGUCUUCUCACUCAAGUACGAUGUCAUCGGGGACCAAGAGCACCUGCGGCUGCUGCUCAGGACCAAGUGCCGGACAUACCAUGAUGUCAUCCCCAUCUCCUGCCUCACCGAGUUCCCUAAUGUCGUCCAGAUGGCAAAGCUGGUGUGUGAAGACGUCAACGUGGAUCGGUUCUAUCCUGUGCUCUACCCCAAGGCUUCCCGGCUCAUCGUCACCUUUGACGAGCAUGUCAUCAGCAAUAACUUCAAGUUUGGCGUCAUUUAUCAGAAGCUCGGGCAGACCUCCGAGGAAGAACUCUUCAGCACCAACGAGGAAAGUCCCGCCUUCGUGGAGUUCCUUGAAUUUCUUGGCCAGAAGGUCAAACUGCAGGACUUUAAGGGGUUCCGAGGAGGCCUGGACGUGACCCACGGGCAGACGGGGACCGAAUCUGUGUACUGCAACUUCCGCAACAAGGAGAUCAUGUUUCACGUGUCCACCAAGCUGCCCUACACAGAAGGGGACGCCCAGCAGUUGCAGCGGAAGCGGCACAUCGGGAACGACAUCGUGGCUGUGGUCUUCCAGGAUGAGAACACUCCUUUUGUGCCCGACAUGAUCGCGUCCAACUUCCUGCAUGCCUACGUAGUGGUGCAGGCUGAGGGCGGGGGCCCUGAUGGCCCCCUCUACAAGGUCUCUGUCACUGCAAGAGAUGAUGUGCCCUUCUUCGGACCCCCCCUCCCGGACCCCGCCGUGUUCAGGAAGGGGCCUGAGUUCCAGGAAUUUUUGCUGACAAAGCUGAUCAAUGCUGAAUAUGCCUGCUACAAGGCAGAGAAGUUUGCCAAACUGGAGGAGCGGACGCGCGCCGCCCUCCUGGAGACACUCUAUGAGGAACUGCACAUCCACAGCCAGUCCAUGAUGGGCUUGGGCGGCGACGAGGACAAGAUGGAGAAUGGCAGUGGGGGCGGCGGCUUCUUUGAGUCUUUCAAGAGGGUCAUCCGGAGCCGCAGCCAGUCCAUGGAUGCCAUGGGGCUGAGCAACAAGAAGCCCAACACCGUGUCCACCAGCCACAGCGGGAGCUUCGCGCCCAACAACCCCGACCUGGCCAAGGCAGCUGGAAUAUCACUGAUUGUCCCUGGGAAGAGCCCCACGAGGAAGAAGUCGGGCCCGUUCGGCUCCCGCCGCAGCAGCGCCAUUGGCAUCGAGAACAUACAGGAGGUGCAGGAGAAGAGGGAGAGCCCUCCGGCUGGUCAGAAGACCCCAGACAGCGGGCACGUCUCACAGGAGCCCAAGUCGGAGAACUCAUCCACUCAGAGCUCCCCAGAGAUGCCCACGACCAAGAACAGAGCGGAGACCGCCGCGCAGAGAGCAGAGGCGCUCAAGGACUUCUCCCGCUCCUCAUCCAGUGCCAGCAGCUUCGCCAGCGUGGUGGAGGAGACGGAGGGCGUGGACGGAGAGGACACAGGCCUGGAGAGCGUGUCGUCCUCAGGAACACCUCACAAGCGGGACUCCUUCAUCUAUAGCACGUGGCUGGAGGACAGUGUCAGCACCACUAGUGGGGGCAGCUCCCCAGGCCCCUCUCGAUCACCCCACCCAGACGCCGGCAAGCUGGGGGACCCUGCAUGUCCCGAGAUCAAGAUCCAGCUGGAAGCAUCUGAGCAGCACAUGCCCCAGCUGGGCUGUUAGCCGGGCCACCCCCUCUGAAGGUGAAACUGAGCAGAUGAGGCCACAGAAGCACAAGGGGAAGGUGCCGUGUCAAGCCCAGGCAGACGGGACCUCUGCCCUGAAGACCAACACCAGCCUGUGGGCUGCCCCCUGCCUCCCCACCCUCCCCGUGGUCCACCCAUCUGGGCUAUCUCUGCAGGGCAGAGCCGUCCAGACCUAGGAUCGGGGAAGCUGCUGGCGUCGUCCCCACCCCCAGCCUGGGGGUCCUGGCUGGGGCAGGGAUUGCUCAGUGGAAGCAGGACCAGGGGCCUAGCUUGCCCCCACCCAGGGCCUCUAUCACCCCUGAGCGUCCCUCUGGACUCAGAGGGAACAAGGUGGGAGAGAGGGAUUGAGACAGUUCCGUGCGGAGAGCUUACCCCCUGGAGGCAGCACGAGGUGGAUGUGAUGUGUCGGGGAGUGAACACUGGGAUGGGAGCUGGAUCCUGGUUUCUGAUUUGGGUUCUGCUGUGUGACUCUGGGCAAGUCACUCUCCCUCUCUGGGCGCUUCUGCUACAAAUGGACAAAAUUAUUUCAGAGGUCACUAAAGACUGUGAUUACAUGCACCUGCCCUAGAAGGUGGGAUUUUCUUCCCAGGGACCUCCUGUCACCCUACCCUGCUUCUUGAGGUCCCUGGAGCCCCAGGUGGGCUGAAGGGCAGGGAGCUGGCUGUGCCCAGUGUGCCUCCUGGACCCUCCAGUUCUGCCACAGGUCUGCCAAUGCCCUGUCCACUGCCUACACAUGACAGACAAGUGACCCCCUCAUGGGGGAUGGGGACCUACCUGGCUCCUCAGCCAGCACCCAGCUUAACCCCUGCCAUCCCAUGCUGGGCCCUCCAGGCCAAGAGUCUCAGCUGGCCUAGAGUCCAGGCCUUGCCUCCCCCGACCGCCAUGGAGGAGGCAGCCAGGCACAGUUGCUGGGAGCCCUUGGGUGUCUGGUCACACUUUUUAGGCGCCAAACCAAAGGCCAGCCUCCCGGCCCCAACACCCAUUUUGGAAGCCCCUGUGGCCGUGUGGAUGUCGGUAACAGUUGUAUAAAAUAAAUUCUAUUUAUCGCUAUUGUA